CGGCGCGCCCCGGGUGAGGUGAGGGACUGGAGGCGAACCCGGCGACCGGGCGGCCUCGCUGGGUCCCCGGCGUCUCUCCUCGCCUCUGCGGGCCCCCACCUCCGUCAAAAUGACGCUGGACGUGGGACCCGAGGACGAGCUGCCCGACUGGGCCGCGGCCAAGGAGUUUUACCAGAAGUACGACCCUAAGGACGUCAUUGGCAGAGGAGUGAGCUCUGUGGUCCGCCGUUGUGUUCAUCGAGCUACUGGCCAUGAGUUUGCAGUGAAAAUCAUGGAGGUGACAGCUGAGCGACUGAGUCCUGAGCAGUUGGAGGAGGUGCGAGAAGCCACGCGGCGAGAGACACACAUCCUUCGCCAGGUCGCUGGCCACCCCCAUAUCAUCACUCUCAUCGAUUCCUACGAGUCUUCUAGCUUCAUGUUCCUGGUGUUUGACCUGAUGCGGAAGGGGGAGCUGUUUGACUAUCUCACAGAGAAAGUGGCCCUCUCAGAAAAGGAAACCAGGUCCAUCAUGAGAUCUCUGCUGGAAGCAGUGAACUUUCUCCAUGCCAACAACAUUGUGCACCGAGAUCUGAAGCCCGAGAAUAUUCUCCUAGAUGACAAUAUGCAGAUCCGACUUUCCGAUUUUGGGUUCUCCUGCCACUUGGAACCUGGCGAGAAGCUUCGAGAGUUGUGUGGGACUCCAGGAUACCUAGCACCUGAGAUCCUUAAAUGCUCCAUGGAUGAAACCCACCCGGGCUACGGCAAGGAGGUCGACCUCUGGGCCUGUGGCGUAAUCUUGUUCACACUCCUGGCUGGCUCACCACCAUUCUGGCACCGGCGUCAGAUCCUGAUGUUACGCAUGAUCAUGGAAGGCCAGUACCAGUUUAACUCACCCGAAUGGGAUGACCGUUCAAACACUGUUAAAGACCUGAUUUCACGGCUGCUGCAAGUGGAUCCUGAAGAGCGUCUGACAGCUGAGCAAGCUCUACAGCACCCCUUCUUUGAGCGUUGUGAAGGCAGCCAACCCUGGAACCUCACCCCCCGACAGCGGUUCCGGGUGGCAGUGUGGACAGUGUUGGCUGCUGGACGAGUGGCCUUAAGCAUCCACCAUGCACGGCCGCUGACCAAGAGUGCACUGUUAAGGGACCCCUAUGCAUUGCGGCCAGUGCGGCGCCUCAUUGACGGCUGUGCCUUCCGGCUCUAUGGGCACUGGGUGAAGAAGGGCGAGCAGCAGAACCGCGCAGCCCUCUUCCAGCACCGGCCGCCAGGGCCUUUUCCCAUCAUGGGCCCUGAAGAGGAGGGGGACUCAGCUGCUGUCACCGAGGAGGAGGCCAUGCUGGUGCUGGGCUAGCACCAGAGCCUUGGGGGACCCCAGAAAGCAGGACUUUCCAUGAGGAGGAUUUUUAUCAUUCCAGCCCCUCUUGGCUCUGGCCUUAGGCCCCGGGCCCCACUGCUUGGCCAGGCCACCACUCAUCGUACAUCAUAAAGUCCGGUCUAUCCCCACUGGCCAGGGCUUUCAGAUCAGAGCUGAGGUAGAAGGGAGCCACUCAAGAGUGCCAUGCCUGGCCUUGUCAGUGCUACCUGUGCUGUGUAUACAAUAAAACCUACACACCAGUGAGCCAA